AUGUGUAAAGCUGGGUUCACCAAAAAUGAUGCUCCCAGAGCCGUAUUACUCCCUAUUGUUGGAAGAACUAGACAUCAAGUAGUGACUGUGGGAAUGGAUGGAAAGGACAGUCAUGUGGGAGACGAUGCUCGAUCGAAACGUGUUAUCCUGACACUGAAGUACCGAAUUGAACAUGGUAUUGCGACUAAGUGGGGUGAUAUGGGGAAGAUGUGGUACCACACAUUCUACAAAGGGUUGCGAGUGGCAACAGAGAAACAUCCGGGGUUGUUGAGAGCAGUUUCAUUGAACCCGAAGGCAAACUGUGAGAUGACAAGGAUCAUGUUUGAGACUUUUAAUACACCAGGUACGUGUGCUGCUACUCAAACGAUGUUGUCGCGAUGUACAUCUGAUCGUACAACUGGUAUAGUGUUGGACGUAGGUGACGGUGUGACCCUCACAGUUCCGAUUUAUGAAGAUUAUGCGUUGCCUUAUACUGUUUUGCGAUUGGACUUUGCUGGUAGGGUUCUUGCCGACUUUAGGAUGAAGAUCCUGACUAAGACAGGUUGCAGUUCCUCUGUCUAUUCGUGGAACAUACUCAGGCGCAAACCACCGGACAUCGUUUUACCCUAUAGUAAGUCUAGAAUGGCACCUAUAAAACAGGUAGCUGUGCCUAGACUGGAACUAACGGCGGCAGUAUUGAGUGCUAGAAUGGGGGAAGUUUUAAAUUAG